AUGCCCACGGGCUUCACCGGCGCGCCGGAGGCGGUGGGGGAGGUCUGGAAAGCCGACUGGUACAUCACCCACUGCUACAAGAUCCCCGCAUUGGCGCAACUCAACCACCUCCUGGCGCAAAUCCCCCACGCGCCCACGCGGAACGACGUCUGGCACGCGGGGGCCGGCCCCGCGGACCUCCGGCGUUUUCACCGCGACCUGGGGGAGGUCGUAUCUGAGGCAGAGCUCGCUCAGAAGCAGCUGGGAAUCUUCCUCCAAGCCGUGCAGACGACCGCGACGGGACUCCAGAAGGAGAUCGGCAAGCGCCUAUCGGCGGAAAAUCCAUCCGUUUUUCGUAAAUGGAUUCAGAAGCUUCCCGGAUUCGACGACCCGCUGCUUGCGGGGGGGGCAGGCGGGGGGGUAGGGCAUGACGGUUCGCACAGCAGGAGCAACAGCGGGGGCGCCGGGAGCGGCGGGAGCGGCAACGCGGCCGGCGGGAAGCUGACGGACGGCAGCAAUGGGUCGUCGCCGGCGAAUAAGGUGAGCAGCGAGUCGCCACGUGACGACAACGCGCCGUCGCUGCAGCCGUCAAAAGUCGCCCUUGCGAACCGCAUGCGAUCGAAAUCCAUGAACGUGACGUCGUCGGGGUCGCUGAUUCGGUCGCCGGACGACAGCGGCGUCGCCAAGCCUCUAGGCCCGGAAGUCUCACCCAUCUUCGCCUCGACAGGUCUGGCCACCCCUGGUAGUAACGGCUCUGGCGCAGGCUCGGGCGCGGGCGGCUCGGCGACGCGGAAAAUGUUCACCCGUGCAUUUUCCGUGCGCGAGCGGCCGUCUGCCGCGUCGGCGGGGGACAGCGCCGGUGGAGGCGGUAACAGUGUCGGAAACGGCGGCGGAGGGGGAGGGGGUUUCCUAGACGCGUGCGGGUUCAGCCCUGUGUUGAUGCGCGCAAGGAAUGCGGGGAGAGUAGGGCCUGUGGGGGAACACGAGGGGGAGGGGGCGGCUGACACACACGUGAUGGGGCUUGGCGCGGGGAACGGGGGGAAUGCGGGGAAUGGGGGAAAUGGCGUAGUGUGCGGAGGAAGCGGGGGAAACGGGGGGCGCGACGCAGGCAAUGGCGGGGGAAAGGGGGGCGGCGCGUCAGCAAGUGGAAUUGGAGGCGACAAUGCCGCGUUCCCUGCGAUCACCGAGAAUCAGCAGCAGCACGCGCCGCAGGGGCUGCUCCCAGCAUCGUCGGAGCGCCACUCCGGUCCGCUGCUGCAAGGCACGGUCCACUCCCCAGAUUCGCGCGCUGACGUGGCACUAGAAGCACCGGUAGAACAGCAAACGAGUGCGAAACCGAGCGGUUCGUCCAAGGGCAAAAUUGGCGCGCUUCUCUUCAGAAGCCGAAGCUCUAGAAGCUCGAGCCAUCGCUGGAGCCAAUCCCAGCAGCAGGUGCAGCAGAGGGUAGCGGAAGAGGAGGAGGAGGGCGACGAGCAGGACACGGAGAGCGGGCGCUGGAGCCCAUCCAGUGGCCGCAGGCUCGAGAGUGGCGCCUCAGGGAAGGGAUCAGCGUCCAGGCGGGGACGUCCUGCCAGGAUGAGUCACAGGAAGUUCGAGCAUCCGCGCCAUGGUUCUCUCGGCUUCUUGCCCCGGAAGCGGUGCAAGCGCUCACGCGGGAAAGUGAAGGCGUUCCCCAAGGAUGACCCCACCAAGGCUCCCCACCUGACAGCGUUCCUGGGCUACAAGGCGGGCAUGACGCACAUCGUCCGCGAGGUCGAGAAGCCCGGAUCCAGGCUGCACAAGAAGGAGGCUGCGGAGGCCGUCACCAUUGUCGAGACCCCCCCCAUGAUCGUCUGCGGUCUCGUCGCGUACGUGAAGACCGCGCACGGCCCGCGCACGCUCACGCACGUGUACGCCGGGCAUCUGAGCGACAACGUCCGCCGCCGGUGGUACAAGAACUGGCACAAGUCGAAGAAGAAGGCGUUCACCAAGUACGCUAAGAAGUUCAGCACGGACGAGGGCAAGAAGGAGAUCGAGGAGGAGCUUGAGCGCAUGAAGAAGCACGCGUCGAUCAUCCGCGUUAUGGCGCACACCGAGGUGCACAAGCUCAAGGGAAUCAAGCAGAAGAAGUCGCACCUGAUGGAGAUCCAGAUCAACGGCGGUACGAUCGAGGAGAAGGUCGACUGGGGUUACAAGCUGUUCGAGAAGGCUGUGCCGAUCGAUGCCGUGUUCCGCAAGGACGAGAUGAUUGAUGUGAUCGCCAUCACCAAGGGUCACGGUAACGAGGGUGUGGUGCACCGUUGGGGUGUUACCCGCCUGCCUCGCAAGACGCAUCGCGGUCUUCGCAAGGUCGCUUGUAUUGGAGCGUGGCAUCCGGCUCGCGUGCCGUACACCGUGGCCCGCGCCGGUCAGAACGGCUACCAUCACCGCACGGAGCUGAACAAGAAGAUCUACAAGAUCGGGAAGAAGGGCGACGAGAGCCACAAGGCCAGCACGGAGUACGACCGCACGGACAAGGAGAUCACCCCCAUGGGAGGCUUCGCGCAGUACGGUAUCGUGAACGAGGAUUACAUCAUGAUUAAGGGGUGCUGCCCUGGCGUGCGCAAGCGCGUGCUGACGCUGCGCAGGUCGCUGCUGAAGCAGACGUCGCGCAACGCGCUGGAGGAGGUGAAGCUCAAGUUCAUCGACACCUCCUCCAAGUUCGGCCACGAGGCUGCUGCUGCGUGCAUGGGGCUUGCGUGGAGGGCCGCGAAGAUGCUUGAUGCGUCAUGGCAUGUGGCUUGGGCCGCUGGUAAUGAUAAGCAGGAAGUGCCGAAUCUGAGCAAAUGCGCCGUUGCCAUGAAUCCAUGUGAAGCUGAGCAACCGAGUGCUGUUGACGCUUCCUUCGCGCCACGUAGGAUUGUGUUUGACGACGUACUCAGCCGGCAUGAGUGCGAGGAACUGGCGUUCCUUCACGCCAGCAGCAGCACGGUGGGGUACCGGCCGCAUGUGCGCUCCACCACGCUCGCCCACCUCAUUGCCACCAACUGCGCGCCGCUCAUGCUCCCCAUCCUCCCCAUUCGAGGUGCCCUUGUAUCAGUCACUGCAUACAUGUAUCUGGGGUGUGACUCGAGUUGGUCGGUUGUGCGUGCAUGCAUGGUAGAUCGCAUUCGAGACAAGGUGGAAGAGGCAUUUGGCAUGCAGCUGGAGCUGCUGGUGGAGUUCACGGGGAUCAUCAGCUGGCUGCCCGGAGCCAGCAUUGGCUGGCAUGCUGACGACAACAGGCCCUACCUCAAGCAACGCGCAUUCGCUGCAGUGUGUUAUUUGAACGAGUAUGGCAAGGAUUUCGAUGGAGGCCUUUUCAGGUUUCGACAGGGCCAUCCUCACACUGUCACUCCCAAGCCGGGGCGACUGGUGGCAUACUCGGCUUCAGGGGAGAAUGAGCAUUGCGUUGAUCCUGUGACUCGAGGUCAACGUCUCACCCUGACUCUCUGGUUCACACUCAGCCCAUCACACAGUGAAGACUCCUCCCUCCUCACCCUCCUCUCUCGCAUCCCCCUCUCUCUCCGCCCUCCCUUUCCUCACACUACCCCUAACCCUCCUCCCAUGGGGGAGGUGGGAUCGGGAGAGGGCCAUGAACCCGGCAAGAAUGCCAAGUUGGAAGCCGUAUCUGUGGACAGGGGCGGCGGACCUGAGGGGAGAGGAGGAGGAGAGCGAGGGGACUCUGUUGGGGAAAAAGCAAGCGUGUUGAUGGCAUCGGUUGUGUUCUACAAUAUUCUGCAUGCUUUACAGGUUGCAGCUUUCCACAAGUGGCAGAAUUAUCCAAGGACAGAAGAGCGGAAUUGUCACAACUGUGGCAAAUGGAAACGAUGUUCAAACUCGUGCAUCCUCUUCCUGAAGCCCUGCGAGAUGGACGAAGAGCAUGGCCAAUUUCUCCCAGAAGUCCUUACGGAGUUCUUCAGACAUGUGUACGCAGCGGAUGCGCGCUCGCAGGUUCGUUUCUGGCCUUAUUUCGUGAUCGUGUAG